CCAAUCGCAUUACGAAACUAAUUGUUUUAUAGCCUGCGAAUUGAACUUUCUUCCAGUUGACUAAAGUGUUUUCGUGUCCGCAUCGGAUUGUUUUUCUCUCAUUCUAGCUUCGCUUGAAAGAGGAGGCGCCACUUUCUAGAAGCCGAGGUGCAAACGUUUUCGGCCCGCAAGGAUGGCAGCCACCGCAGCGACCCCUGAACAAGCUGUCUCUGUUUUUCAGGAGUUCCGGGCCAUGUUUUACGUUCUUGGUCCCAACGAGAGCUCCUUCCGCAGCGUCGAGGAAGUUCCCGAUUACGUGGACAAGGCAACUCCCUUGUUUAUUACCCUGAUUUUGCUGGAGUUCAUAAUUAAGUGGGCCCAGAAGAGACAUGUCUCAUUCGUCCACAGUGAUGAUAUAACAUCUUUGUCUGCAGGUAUCUUAUCAAGACUUCCAGAUGUUAUUUCUAGAAGUGUUGAAAUGUCAACAUAUAUUUAUGUGUGGAACAACUAUAGAAUGAUGCAGCUACCGUGGACAUCAUCAUGGACAUGGUAUUUGACCUUCAUUGGAGUAGAUUUUGGAUACUAUUGGUUUCAUCGUAUGGCCCAUGAGAUUAAUUUUUUAUGGGCUGGACAUCAAGCACAUCAUAGUUCUGAACAUUAUAACUUAUUCACAGCAUUAAGGCAAUCUGUUUUGCAAAAAUUUGCAUCAUGGGUAUUUUACCUUCCAAUGGCUUUUUGCAUUCCACCUUCAGUAUUCGCUGUUCAUCUCCAGUUUAAUCUCCUUUACCAGUUCUGGAUACAUACAGAGAUUAUUGAAAAUCUUGGCCCGUUGGAGUUUAUUCUCAAUACUCCUAGUCAUCACAGAGUUCAUCAUGGCAGAAAUCCAUAUUGUAUCGAUAAAAACUAUGGUGGCACAUUAAUUAUUUGGGACAGAAUUUUUGGUACCUUUGCUGCAGAAAAAGAUAAAGUUAUAUAUGGUCUAACACACUCCAUAAAUACUUUUGAACCUUUGAAAGUUCAGUUUCAUCAUUGUGUUUAUAUGUGGAACAUAUUUUGGAGCACACCUGGAUUUUUCAAUAAGCUUUCAGUUAUAUUCAAGGGACCAGGAUGGGCACCAGGCAAGCCAAGACUUGGCCUUAUUGAGGAAAUUCCCGAAGUCACUGGGAAGGAAGUUCCUUUCAACUGCAAAUUGCCAAGCUACAAGUAUAUCUAUGUAGUAAUGCAUUUUGCCUUAAUGGUGGUAUUUUAUGUUGACUUAACUACCUCCAAAUAUACGUUAUCACAGGUAACUCUUCUCAUGAGACUUGGCUACAUUGUCCUGACAUUGACCUCCAUUGGUUUCCUUAUGGACCAAAGACCUGAAGCUGCUUUCUUGGAAUCUGCACGUUGCUCUGUUUUCCUUGCUCUACAGAAGCUUGGUUAUUUGGAAGUACGUUCUGCACUUUUAUCAACUACGUUUGAGGUACUAUUUUCCCUCUGCAUUGCCUUUUGGGGAAUACAGAUCAUAAAGCAACUCACUUCAAGUUCAGAGAAGCAACACUAAGAAGGAGUCUAUCAAAAUUUUAUUUUUUGUGAUGGAUUAGUUUAAUCUUUUGUGCAGAAUUGCAGUAGAGAUUUCUUUAGUAUAUUUAUCAAUAUAAACAACAACAUAUAACCAAAUCUAAGAUCGACAUGUCUCAAUUUCUUUAUUUUUGUUUAUUUGGGAACUUCUGAAUUGCCUUCUAUAAAACAUGUAAAAUGUUUUGCAUCAAUUUCAUUUUUAUGCAAAUAUAUAUGUAAUUUUAACAAUUAUGUUAAUAAAUACUAAUUAUGUAUAUAAUGGCAAUAAAUUCAUUUA